CCCACUGGCGGAAGGGGAAGUGGGGGGGCGGGCCACCGUGGGGAAGAUGGCGUACCAGAGCCUGCGGCUGGAGUACCUGCAGAUCCCACCGGUCAGCCGCGCCUACACCACUGCCUGCGUCCUCACCACCGCAGCCGUGCAGUUGGAAUUGAUCACACCUUUUCAGUUGUACUUCAAUCCUGAAUUAAUCUUUAAACACUUUCAAAUAUGGAGAUUAAUCACCAAUUUCUUAUUUUUUGGGCCAGUUGGAUUCAAUUUUUUAUUUAACAUGAUUUUUCUAUACCGUUACUGUCGAAUGCUAGAAGAAGGCUCUUUCCGGGGUCGGACAGCAGACUUUGUAUUUAUGUUCCUUUUUGGUGGAUUCUUAAUGACCCUUUUUGGUUUGUUUGUGAGCUUAGUUUUCUUGGGCCAGGCCUUUACAAUAAUGCUCGUCUACGUGUGGAGCCGAAGGAACCCCUAUGUCCGCAUGAACUUCUUCGGCCUUCUCAACUUCCAGGCCCCCUUUCUGCCCUGGGUGCUCAUGGGGUUUUCCUUGUUGUUGGGGAACUCAAUCAUUGUGGACCUUUUGGGUAUUGCAGUUGGACACAUAUAUUUUUUCUUGGAAGAUGUAUUUCCUAAUCAGCCUGGUGGAAUAAGAAUUCUGAAAACACCAUCUAUCUUAUGACCACUAGAACUUCCUGUUUCAGGAGGAGCCUACUGUUUUUAUGAAAGCUGCUCUCCAUGUUUAGUGAAGUAAGGUAGCAAAAUGAGCAAAACUGAUGAAAGUUUCUAAUGGUGGACUUUCUGGCCUGCCAGGCAGGUGGUUGAGAUAAGCAGUGAAGCAGAGUGGAAGUAGCUUUGGACUGGAAACCAGAUGUAGCUGUCCUACUGACCAGUCAUAUAGCAAGUCCCUUCUUUUUUGCACUUCAGUUUCCUGAGAUAGAACUUUGAUUUUUUUUUUUUUUUUUUUUGGACAUGGGGUCUCGCUCUGUCACCCAGGCUGGAGUGCAGUAGAACUUUUGAUUUAUGAGACCUCUUUCUACUCUGGAAUUUGGUGUCCUUGAGAGAUACCAUAUUAAAAAGGGCUCACUUGAGAAAUAAAAUGUUUUUGUUAUAAAAUGUUUGUUGUAGAAUAGUUAAGCAAGAAAGUAAAAUUGUCCAUGAUCCUGACACUUGGAUGUAGCAGUGGCUACCAUUGUUAACUUUUCUAUAUGUAUUCUUCAGUCUUUACUAUCUGUGUACUUUUUUUUAAAUGCUGAGCCAGUCAAGGCUGUUGUGCACUAUGAUUGCGCCUGUAAAUAGCCACUGCUAUUCUUUGGCCAGGACUUUAAAAUAGCCACUGCAUUCCAGCCUGGA